AUGGGAAGCGACACCGGCCUGGGGCUCUCAGGCCCCUCCGCCGUCUUAUCCGCCUCCCGCGGGGUCUUGCCGGCUGGCUCCUCGCGCCCGGCUUCAGGACGCUUGACUCGCGCGGAGUGCGUGGCGCAGAGUACAGAGAGCGGCAGCGGCGUCUCGCCAAGUGUUGGCGCUUCUUCUUCUGUCUCUUCUCUCUCUCCUGCCUCCUCUUCUUCUACCGCUUCCUCUUCUUCCGCUUCUCCCGCGUCGCAGUUUUCUUCCUCGCAGGCCUCCGCGUGCCGCGCGUUGGUGUCUCGCUCUCCGGCUGAGGCCUCCUGCUGCUCUUCGUCUUCGACGGGGCGUUCUCCGAGGGCGUCUCCGUCGCCCUCUUCGGCCUCGCCCUCUUCGUCCUGCUGCGCGUACUACGCGAGCUACGGGGAUCCCUCGGUGCACAGCUACAUGCUUCGCGACCGCCCGCGGACGUCGGCCUACCACGGCGCAGUGGCGGCGAACCGCUGCUUCCUGAAGGAUUCCGUGGUGAUGGACGUAGGCGCGGGCAGCGGCAUUCUCUCCCUCUUUGCGGCGCGCGACGGCGGGGCGAGGCGCGUCUACGCACUCGAACCGAGCGACGCAUUCUAUCUUCUGCAAGAGAUCGUCGAAGCCAACAACCUGCAGCACGUGAUUCUCCCGGUGCAUGCGACUGCCGAGGAGUUGAUCGAGGCCGCGCGCGCACGCAGACGCCGCCCGCGCAUGCAGGGCGGCAGCGCCGAGCGAAUCUUUCCCGUGGAUCGAGAGCGAGAGGGGCCCGCAACCGCGCGAGGCGGCGCGCAGUCGGGCCCAGCCGCCACAGGCGGCUCCAGAGAGGAAGAAGACGAAGAGACGGAGGAAGACUCAAGCCAGGCCGCCGAGCGCGGAGACGCGGGCGAGGGCGACCUCCUCGAGGCGCUCGCUCUGCGCGAAGGGGUGAGCGCCUUUCUGGAUGAACAGGAGGAGGCGCUUGGCACCGCCGGCGGUGCCUCCGUCACAGGGGAGGGCGGCGGGACGGCGGAGGCGACUUGCCGGUUUGUAGAUGCGAUCAUAUCCGAGUGGAUGGGCUUCUACCUGCUCCACGAGGGCAUGCUCGACUCGGUGUUGAAGGCGCGGGACUUCUUCCUCAAGCCCAAGGGGCAGAUGUUCCCCACGCGCGCGCGGCUGUGGCUGUCGCUGGCUGACUGCUCGGAGUACUGGGGGACGCGUCUGCAGUGCUUCUCGAGUUUCCACGGCUUCAACUUCGCGCCGUUGCGCGUGCGCCUCCAGGCGCAGCUGCAAGACAGCCGCCAGCCGCUGCUGCUGCACCUGAAGUCUGCGCAGUGCGCCUGCACGCGCCCUGCGCUCGUCUUCGACUGGGAUCUCCGCACGAUUCCGCUGCCGGCGUUGCAGUACGUCUCUGUCGAGGUGCCACUAACUGCGCUGCGCCAGGCCCCCGUCCACGCCUUCGCCCUCUGGUUCGACUGCUCCUUCCCCGCGGGCGCAGCGGAGAAGAGGCAGAGCACAGAGGACGAGGUCGCCACCGCCCCGUGCGGCGACUGCGUGGAGGUCAUGAAGAAGGCGACGCGCGACGCGGGCGCGGCGCGAGAGAGCGAAGGUGAGAAAGAGAGAGAGGCAGACGGCGAGGAGGCGCUCGCGACGGCGCAGGUCGCGGCCGAGGGGGGGAGGAAGGCGAUGGAGGCGACGCCCGGUCUGCGGCUCACGUGUCUGGUGAACCUGAGGAAGGCCCAUGAGCGCGCGCGCGCGUACGAGGUGGAAGUCGAAGUCCUCGACGCGGAGGUGGACGACGAGCCCAACGCGCCCGAAGAGACCGCGCCAGAGGAGGCGGAGGCGACCGGCGACGCGCUGUGA